CCGGCGGGCAGAUGCUGGCCACAAAGCUGAAGAUGUGGGACACGGCUCCGGAGCAGGGUCGUGGCUGCUUCUCCUUCCCCCCCUGGGGCUGGGUUUGUGCUCUCAGCGCAGCUCUCGGUAUCGGUGCAGCACAUGCUCAAACCACAGGUUGCAGAGCUCGGAGACACCGGCGGCUCCACUGGGCGAGGAGGGGAGAGGUCCUGCAGGGCGAUGGAGAAGGCAAACCCCAGCCCCACCACCAUGGAGACAGCGGCCACCACCGACUUCUACUCCUGGGAGUACGACCCCACGUGGGAUGACGGCAUGCUGCCCGAGCUGUGCGAGAAGCAGGAGGUGCAGGGCUUCGCCCGCACCUACCAGCCGGCCGUCUACCUGCUGCUCCUGCUCCUGGGCACGGUGGGCAACGGGCUGGUGCUGCUCACGCACACCCGCUACCGCCGGGCGCACAGCGUCACCGACGUCUGCCUCCUGCACCUCGCCCUCUCCGACCUCCUGCUGCUCCUCACGCUGCCCUUCGCCGUCACCGUCACGCUGCAGGGCUGGGCCCCGGGCACAGCCGCCUGCAGGGCGCUGCAGGGCAUUUACGCCCUCAACUUCUACGGAGGCUUCCUCUUCCUCACCUGCAUCAGCGUGGAUCGCUACGUGGCCAUCGUGCGGGUGCCGGCCGCUUGCCGCCUGCGCCCGCGGGCUCGCCGCCACGGCUGGCUGACGGCGGGGCUGGCCUGGCUGCUGGCCACGCUGCUGGCGCUGCCCCAGUUCAUCUACGGCCGAGCGGAGCAGCACCAGGACCUCCGGAUUUGCCGCGUCGUCUUCCCCCCGGCGGUCUCGCGGGCGGCCCGGGGGGCCACCAACCUGGCGCAGGUCGUGCUGGGCUUCGCGGUGCCCUUCCUGGUGAUGGCGAGCUGCUACGCGGCCGUGGCUCGGACGCUGCUGGCGGCUCGGGGCACCCAACCCCACCGGGCUCUGCGGGUGCUGCUGGCCCUCGUGCUGGUUUUCGUGGCCCUGCAGCUGCCCCACAGCCUGAUGGUGCUGCUGGAUACGGCCGAGCUGCUGGCCAGCUGGGAGGUGAGCUGCGCCCAGAGCCGCCGCAAGGACCUGGCGCUGCUGAUCACCGGCGGGCUGGCGUACCUGCGCUGCUGCCUCAACCCCCUGCUCUACGCCUUCCUGGGGCAGCGUUUCCGCCGGGAGCUGUGGCUGCUGGCCAGCGAUGCCGGCUGCGUGGGACCCAUCGACCCGCGCUGCCCCGGCUGCCCCAGUCCCCGCCGGCGUUCGUCGCUCUCCACCUGCCAGGACGUGGCGUAGGGACGCGGUGCCCGUGCCCCGGGGCGGGUACCGGCACCCUUGGGGCUCAACACCCCCGUUUUGGGGGAGUUUGAGCCACCCUAAGUGGUUUGAACCACCCUGGCAGGGGCAGGAUGGACAGAGCGCACUCGUGGGCAGACGGACGAGGAGCCCCACGGCGUCCUGCCCAACAAUGGGAUGGGGACGAUGCCCCGAGCUCGGGGGGCCCGUGCAACGCCAGCUGCCUUCUGGAAGGACCGUGCAGUGUCACACACGGCUCUGGGGGGAUGAGCACAUCCCAGGGGGACCGUGCGGUGCCGUGUGUGCCCCGGCGGGACCAGUGCAGUGGCCUCGCGGGCUCUGGGAGGGGGCUGCGGGAUGCCCCUGAGCUCGGAGCGCUGCGUGCGGAUCCAGACGCAGCAGGGCGCUGGGCAGGGCGCUGGCUUGCACUUUCCUUCCCACCCUGGCAAUAAACCCUGCUCCAACCCC